GUGUAGUCGUCUGCUGAAGAGUUGGUGAUGGCAGAGUGAACUACACAGGUACUAUAUCAAGAUACAACUUACUGUAUUGAAAAAAAAUGGACGAACUUGAAGACGUCUUGGACGCUCGUAUUGAGCUGAUAUCUGAUGAGGCGGUGGUCACGAGGAAAGCCUCCAGGACAGGAUGUCUCAGUUCUUUGGGAAGCUGGCAAGGGGCCUAGGCUGGGGCCCGCAACCAACAAAGGUAAACAAUGUCAACUGGAAUGACUACGCUAACAGAACCUUCACCUUUGUUGAGGGAACUUUCAUAAUUGUAUCCCUGGCAGAAGAUGACAUCAAGGAAGACCCUAACCUUACAUAUGAACUUAUAAUUCACAAAGAAAUUAAUAAUUCGAGGAAUGCCUACAGCCUUUUGAGGACGUGUACGGAAACAGAGGCCAAGGAAGCAUACACGGCCUACAGCAAAAUACUCCUCCCACUGGUGGACUCCUGUGGGAAGGAAGUCCUGUGUCAUAACAUGCUGCAGAAGAUCCUCGACUUUCACCGAGAACACCCUUCCUGGCAUGUGGCGCACAUCACAACGCAUUUUGCAUUCCUGGAAGCUUUGAAGAAUGAGGAAGUAUUAAGUUAUCUGAAUGUAGCAGAGGACAAUGAAGGUCUCUAUCCUCUAAACGUUGCUGUUGAGAAUGAGAACGAGAAAGUUAUCGGGGCAUUGAUAGCAGCAGGUGCAGCUCUGGAUGUGGCAGACAAGAGUGGUAACACACCUUUACACAUCGCCGCUACCAAAUCUGUGGCAGUCAUUCAGGCCCUCAAAGUCAAAUAUCAUCAUAUAUUGAACAAAAAGAACCACGCACAGGAGACUCCUCUACUUCUAGCAGCACAAUGCAGCAAACUUGAAAAUGUAAAAUACCUCAUACAGCUCGGAGCCAACGUGAACCACAAGGUAGAAGUGCCUGACAUUGAGAACAAUCAGUCAUACUGGGAAAAAGUGGACAAGCUUGUGUUGUCAAAGGAUAUUAGCUCAAAGGACCUGCACAAAGGCGGAAGUUUAUUGCAUUGGGUUAAGACAAGAGAGCUAAUGGACUUGUGUCUUGACAUGGGCUGUGACUCAGACCUCAGGAACUCUCUCAACCAAACUCCAUUACAUGUUCUAGUUUUAAGGAAUAGAAUACAGUGUAUAGUGACGCUGUUGUGUCGGGGAGCCACAGCCAACUGUGCUGACUUGGAAGGUACCACCCCACUACACCUGGCAGCUGCCCAGUGCUCUACCACUUUAGUUCAGGCGUUUAUUGUGUUUAGAGGAGAAAUCAAUGCUGUGAACAAUAAGGGGGAGACACCCAGACAUUUGGCUGCCUCAUGUAAAUUGGACGACAAGAUCAAAGCCUCGGAGAGAGACAGAGUUAUUUAUUUACUGCAUACUGUUGGGGCGAAAAGAUGUCAAGUUACGUUAUCUGCCUGUUCUGAUGGAUGUCUGGAUGAGGGUAAUUUUAAUGGUGUUCCUCUCUAUGAAAAACCUCUACUUCGGUCGCGCUGGAUUAUGGAUGAACAACUCUCAAGUGCACAGAUAGCAGAGUCUAUUCGGUGGCAAGUAACCAACUGCAGCAACUCACAGCGAACGGGCCGAGUACUUUGUCUGGACGGCGGAGGAAUCAAAGGGCUGGUGAUGACACAGAUGUUAUUUGUCAUUCAAGAGAUGUUGGGCAAACCCAUUAGGGAGUGUUUUGACUGGAUAUCGGGCACUAGCACAGGCGGCUUCCUGGCUCUUAUGCUGUGUUCAGGUGAGAGCUUACAGGCAGCAGGAAAAUCUGUGCAAGAUGUACAGUCACUGUAUUAUAACCUGAAGGAAAAGGUUUUUGUCGGUGGACGACCUUAUGAGGCCGGACCUCUGGAGGAAAUACUGAUGAAGGAGUUUGGUGAAGACACAAUGAUGAGCAGCAUCAAGUCUCCUCGUGUCAUGGUGACGUCCACUCUGGCCGACAGACUUCCACCCGAUUUACAUCUAUUCCGUAACUACGAGUCUCCGAUGAGUGUCUUAGGUAUACAAGAAAACAAUGUCUUCAUGACCACACAACGGCCCGAUACACAAAAGAUGUGGCUCGCUGCUCGCUGUUCUGGAGCUGCCCCCACUUAUUUCAGGUGUGGCAAGACUGUGAAGAAAGAUGAUAGCAGUAAAAGAACCUUGAAUACAUCCACCAAAAGUGCCAGUGAGAAGUUUCUUGAUGGUGGCUUGGUGGGGAACAAUCCAGUUUUAGAUACACUCACUGAGAUCGAAGAAUGGAACAUGGCGGUGCGUGCUAAGGGUCGGGAAUCUGAGGUCUUCACUCCUACUGUUGUCGUGUCCUUGGGUUGUGGCAAACCUCCAGUGUUGUUGGUUGAUACUGUUGACAUUACCAUGCCAAGUAUUCUUGACGUACGUCGAGGUCUCCAAGCAAUGUACAAUCUAUUCAAUGUAUUGGUGGAACAAGCCUGCAGUUCAGAAGGUCGGAUUGUGGACAGAGCACGCACCUGGUGUUCCACCCUUCAUGUUCCAUUCUUCCGUUUUAACCCCCAGCUGUCUCAAGACGUAGCCUUAGACGAACACGAUGAUGAGUGUUUAGUCCGCCUCAUGUGGGAAACUCGGGCAUACAUGAAGUCUCAGGCAAAGAUUUUAGCUCAACUAAAACCUCUCUUGAUAGAACCAGAGGCAGAACCUGUACCUCCACCACGGCAGCUGACCCCAACUAAGUCUAAGUGUAGUUCGUGUGUUUCUGUAUCUGUCAGUUCUAAUCAUGAAGAUGUCUCGGAUACGGUUCACAGCCAUGCUUCAGAGGGCACAUCCCUCGAUGAGGAAGGCAGCUAUCACUCCACCCUUCCGGAGUGUACCGCUACUGUUGAAGAUAUGUCAGAUGAGGUGUUACAGGUUGAGCAACCCUCAACCCUCGAUUCUGUGUCGAGCAGUGAGGCGGCAGCUUCAUCACCUGAGGAUAGUAAUAGUCAUGACAUUAUGGACACAACCAUUUGAAGAUUUACCAUCUGUUUCCUUCAAAGCUGCUGAGUAGAAAACUGUUGCCAUCUCUCUCUUUUUUUUUAUUACCAUGGUACCAUUGUUUCAAAAUAUGUGUGCCAUACAGAUUUAACCAUCUUAAUAUUAAAUAUGGUGUAUUUAGGAUAUAUAACUCAUGUUGAGGUGCUAUGCUUGCCUAUGAUAUGAUUUUGCAGCGUUUUAAUGAUAUCAUUUUUAUUUUGAAAUGGACUUUAUUUAAUAACUUCUUUUUUAAAGUUGAAUUACUUUAUCUUCCUACCUUUACUUGUUAAGUUAGGUAAGGAAUUUUUCAAGUUGAAGAAUCCUACGGUAUCUUAUAUUUCUAUAUGUUUGCAUUUGUGUCAUUGUAAGUACAGUAGUGGCAGCUUUAAAAUCAAGUCUUCCUGUGUCUCCAAUAAGUUUCUUAUUCACACAAGACAUUUAUUGUUUAAUUAUACAAAAAGGUUUAUAUAUAGAUUUUACAUUUAUGUGCCAACACUUCAUGGAGAUACUUAAAUUCUUGUCAAAGGUUUAUUUGUUGUUCUCAGCGCUCCUUGGUUCACGCUCGUAAACACAUUUGUUGUUGUUCCUGACGCUCCGUAGCUCAAGCUCAUAAACAUUCAUUUUCACAGUGCCGUUUUGUUUUCUCUUCCUAGAAGAAUUUCAUGGAACUUAGAUUCAUCACUUCAUUUUCUCAACUCACAUUCCCAUCACAAAUUCGGUAAUUAUUUUAUGUAUAGUAUGUAUCAUUAGUCCUUAUAAUGUGUUCCCUCAACCUAUUAAGUUUUAUCUAUAGCUUUUUUCUUUUUUAGCUGAUGGUACUAGACUAAGAAGCCCUGCAUCCACCUUCUCUGAAGUCACAAACAAAUUUAUGCUUCCGGAGAAUGGGGGCACUGGAGCUUCUUACUCCAGUACCAUCAGCCAAAAAAAUGACUAUAGGUUUGUUGUUACAUGGUCUACCUCUGGUGUCUCAGGAUCCUAUAGCUUUGUUUAUGAUUUUUCACCUCCCCAAAUUCUCAGGUUUCUAGUCAUGCUCUGGUUGUUUGUUAUCUGUUCUAUCUGUCUCUUAUACUGUAUAGUUGGCUGUUCUAGUUAUACAAUACUACUUAUGUAUACCGGCAGUCCACGAGUUACGAAUGCUUGCACUUAUGAACACCUGCACUUGCAAACACCCACAUUAAUAAACAUCCACACUUACAAAUUCCCACAUUUAUGAACAUCCACUCUUAUGAAUGCCCACACUUACAAACAUCUGCAUUUAUGAACACCCACACUUAUGAACACCCUCACUUACAAACAUCCGCAUUUAUGAACACCCACACUUAUGAACACCCUCACUUACAAACAUCCGCAUUUAUGAACACCUGCACUUAUGAAUGGGAUUCCUCUUCAUCUCAAAAUUUUUUAACUAAAAUCCCAUUCUUUUUACAUUAAUUUAUUAUUCUGUAUAGUUUAAUGUAACUUUUUUUUUUCAUGGGGAAUAGCCCACCCAGGCACAGGUCAUCGAAAAAGUAAGAGUAAAAGGAAAUUAAAAAUAGAAAAGAUAAAGCAGUAUUUACGUUAUGGCGGUAGCAAUGCGUGUGAUGGGGGGUGCUGGAGGGGGUUUUGAGAAUUGCAAUUAAAUGCCAGAUAGCGACGUGUCCUAAUAUUGUGUAUUUACCAAGUAAUUAUUAGAUGUUUUAAUUGCCUGUAUGUUGGCCUGGCGAGUUAAUGCUACAUACCUAGGUAUAAAGCUAGACGUCGCAUUCUGGACUGUAUAUCACAAAAACUAUUUAUUAUGUUUGGGAUAUUAUUUUUGUUUUGUACAGUCAAACCUCUAUUUAACGGACUAUAUCGAGUGGAAAGUCCAUCUUGAGGUAAUCAAUCAAUCAAAUGGAGUACCGUCCUCAUAUCUGAGGGUUGGUGACCACAGUCCUCCACUCUAAAAGUUCUUGGGCUGUUUUUACCAAUCCUUGAAGAUUUUGUAUCUCUCUGGGGACCUAGUUUUUAAUUUCAGUCAUCCAUCCCAAUCUCUGUCUUCCCCUAGCCCUCUUACCCUCAAUGCCCAUUAAUGUUUUUUAUAUUAUCUCAUCUGUAAAUAUAUGACCAAAGUAUCAUUUUUUUCUGUACAUUUCAAGUACUGUAUAGUACAUACGAAGCAUUCAUAAAGUUACUUGAUAGCGGGUUCUUCAACUUUCAUUUACAUAGGAUGACCAAGGGUUAACAAAUACAAUAAUUUAUCUUACUAUUCUAUGUAUUUUUUUUUUAUCGAAUUAAGCUUUUCAAAGAUUUCUGUAUAGUUUUGACUCUAGCUAUAUAGUCUGUCUGAGUAGCUAUUGCAAACAAGGAAGUUUACAACAUUCAUACAGAAGAGCUGAUCUAGUUUUGUUUUGUGUAUGGUGCUUGUUGGCUCAGGAUUAAAGGGAAGUUUCUCAAGUUGGAAGAGACAUACCAGUAUUAGUUUAGUUUACUUUUAUUACUGUACUAUAUUUUAGUUUGGCGUACGAUAUUUAUUUUUAGUAUAUAUACAGUAGUGUUGGUCUGUCGUAUACUCAACAUAGCUUAAUUCUCUCACAGUUAGAUUCCUUCUAGUCAUAUAUUUUUUGUUAGAUUUAGUGAUUAUUAGGUAAUUGAGUGGAACUUUUAAUACAGUAAAACGGACAUCAAUGUAACGGUUUAUAUUCUGUUUCGGGAGGUUCAUAUCUAAUAGGCCUCGAUAUAAUGGACUACACCCAUCCCAAAUAGUGCAUUAAGUAGAGGCCUCACUGUAUAAUGUCUGUUUUCAUCAUCUACUUCACAUCUCCAAUAAGUAUAACUAGUUAUAUUUGUACAAACUGGUAUAGAAUGAUUAUUAGCUUGGGUACAGGUAAUCAAGAUAUCUGAAGAAAAUAAUACAAUUGCUACAUAUAUUUUAAGAAGUGGAGUAGUGACUAAUAUAGUCAUUUCUUUGGGUCAGAUUUAUAGGGAUCUUGUUCUUUUUCAAACAAAUUCUGUGGCAUAUGACUUAAGCUGUUGCACCACCAGGGAUGUUAUUACCUAAAUCAACCAAUUAUUUUAAAACACUGCCAAAAUCUAGUAUGCUUUGUAAUAAAUUUUUGAUAACUAUUCUACUUUUCUUUGCAGUUUAUACUAAAUUUUUACAUUACAUUCUUUUUAUUUUGGGGGUCCUGUAACUCAUCAUCCAGUACUAGACAGUGAGAGUGGGUGCAGCUGUGAGCUUCAUUCUUAUCUACAGGAAGAGAAUGACAAUGAAUUUGUUAGUUUUUUUUUUUUUUUUUUUUAUACAGAGACAUAUACAGUAUGGAGAGGAUAAAUAAGGUGUGUGUAUCAUUCUGUGACUAAAUUUAUAUUUAUUUUUAUAUAGUUUUUUUUUAAACCUGUGCACCACGGUAGAAAUUGGGGGGAGGGGGAAUUUGACAUUUUAUACAUGGUAAUGUACAGUAUUAAAAUGCUUAUCUCAUGAUACUUAAGUAGAUACAAGGUUUGGCCAAUGUAUUUGACUGAAGUCUUUUUUUUAGCUGAUGGUACAGUCCCCUUCUCUGAAAGCUUGAAUUUGUUUGCGACUUCGAAGAUAAAUAUUCUUUAUUUCAAACUUUUUUUUUUCACUCAUAUCUUAAAAGUUAAUGUUUUCAAGCAGUUAUAUCUUUACAUACAUUAAAUUUGUCAUUAAAAUGAGCCAAAACUGGGUAUCUUUAACAGUUAUUUAUGAAUUUAUUUUUGAUACAGUAUAUCAGUAUUAAUCGAACAUUAUGUAGAAGUCAGUGACCUGCAAGAGAGGGGGGGCAGGGCUUGUACCGUCAGUUAAAUUUUUUUUUACCAUAGUUUGGGAGCACAUCAAUAGAAUUGGUGACAAAAAUAAUGAAAGUCAUCUGUAGUUUGAAUAAAAUGACAUAAUUCAGUGCCUGUACAGUCCACUACUAAAUUCCAUUCACCUCUCCUUCUGAACCAUGAACGCCCGAGGGAUUUGGACUCAUGAAUCCGAAGCAUCUUUUAACAAAAUAAUUGGACUGUAUAUGUCCGUCUACUGUUUAGGGUUCACGAGUCUGAAUCUCUCAGGGGUUUGUGGUUCAGGGAAAGAGGCGAAAGGACUUUAAUAGUGGACUGAACAUGAUGUUGCUGUAACAAAUUUGAUGCUAUUUUUUCUUUUGCCAUAUCAUGUAAAGUACUGCUCGAUUAUGGCAACAUCAGUACUAUCCCUGGGAUAGUGUAGAUCUGCAUUCUAUAUUAUUGUUAUUGAACAGACAUAGCACUAGGUGAAACUAUAUAUCUCUCAGUGUGAUGCAUUAUUAUAAGGGUGUUCUUAUGAGUUUUGAAAUAUGAUUAUGAUUCCUAUAUUUUAAAUAUUACAUUGAGAUGGUUAGGUUUAAAUUGUAAGGUCUCUUGACUAUAUUGUACUUAUAUAACAGGAGUACGGGUGGAAAUUAAUGGCUUAUAAGUACAUAUCUAAAUGCAGUACUGGUAUAAUCUUGAUUUUGCAAACUGUUUGAGGUGGCAACUACUUCCUCCAAAAAUGGUGUACCAAUACUUUUCAGUGAUAUUGAUACAUGUAAACACAAACAACAUUAAAGGAGGCAUCUGCUACAUCACAAAUUCUAGAAUAACUGUCUGCCAAAAUCAAGGGUUGACUGAACUGCAAUUAAGAGCAUAGGUUUUGAAGUGUGUUGACUAUAUUUGUAUUUUAAAUAUUAAAAAUUUACAGUGAAAUCUCGAUUUAACAGACUAAACAGAGAGGAGAAUCCAUUAUAUCGAGGGUCAGUUAGAUGUGAAACGCCUCACCAUCUAACUGUUUAAAUAGAGAGAGAAGUCCGUUAUAUGGAGGUUUCACUGUAUUAAGUUUGAAGUGUAUGGUACUUAAGUUUCAAGGUAACAACAUUUAGUCUAUAUGUAAAGAAUGGAGUAAGAAUUAUACUGAUUAUUUAUUAUCUGUUUGUGGAGAAUUAGUCAGCAUCUUCUCCUCACAAGCAAGUAGUCCCGGGAUCAAACUCCAGGCAGGGUAAAACUAUGGGCAAGUUUCUUUAUGCCAUUUACCUCUUGUCUAUGCAGCAGCAGUAAUUGGGAACCUGGAUUUUUAGCUGAUUUGUGGCUUGUAUUCUGGGUGUUAAUUGUUAGUUACCCAGCAAUGCAGUUGGUGAGUUGUCCAAAUCUUCUUGGGGUUUACUCCUUGACACUGAUGAGUCAUGCAGCUCAUUUAUUAACUUUAGGUGUAGUUGUUGUGUUGGCCAAAACAGCUUUGAAAAACUUAAACAAAUUCACUCCUAAAUGGUCCUAGUGCUUGCCAGCCAGCCUCUCAAACACUUGGGAUGAUUAUUGUUAUCUGUUUAGACCUUGGCUUGUCCUGAUUACUAUUGUGUGAAUUGAUAGUUUCUCAAGGUAGUAAAGUGAUAUUUGGUACUGUGUUUUAUGCAUAAUACCAUCAAUAGUUGUAUGAUUCUUUAAAUAAUCACAUGCUCAAAAGUUAUUAUUCAUAUAACAUAUUCAGAAUUUAUUCUGUGAGAUAUAUGUGAUACACUAAUAUGGUUUAUUAUAAUUUUUUACUAUAUAAUAUCAAUAUUGUAUAAUGAUGUCAGUGAUGAGUGAACAAUUAUGACCUAGUAUUUUUGGCUUUACACUGUGUCGUAUUUGAAGCUGACUUCUACAGUACUUUAGCCAUAUUGUAUUGACAUUACCGAUACAAAUUAUUUUUUCAAUUUGAUAAUUCACCAUAUACAGUAAUGUACAGUCAACUACUAUAGCUAAAGUCCUCCUUUUGCCUCUUCCCCUGAACCAUGAACCCAUGAGAGAUUCAGGCUCAUUAAUCUGAAGCAGCAUUUAUGGACAAAAUAAUGUAUCAGUCUACUGCUUGUUUGGGUUCACGAGUCUGAAUCUCUCAGGGGUUCAUGGUUCAGGGGGAGAGGCGAUUAGACUUUAGUAGUUGACCGUAGCUAAUGUACUGUACUGGUAGAGACACACACAUCUCAGCCACUGAGAGCUAUAUAUUAAUACUAAUGUACUAGUCAUCAUUUACCUCCUCGUGUUCAGUAAACUACAGAAAGUAUUGUACUGAGGAAUCAUUCCAUAAUAACCUGCACUUCUACUAUUUAAAACAAAAUUAUUCCAUUUUAUAACAAAUAUAUUUUAUAGAAGUUUUUGACUAUUUACACUUAGCCAAAAUUAUUAAGGAGUUUAUUCAUACAAGUAUAUCUUUAAGUAUUUGUUGAACUGCGGUGUGCACCACAAAAAUAUUUUAAAAAUCCUUUUGCCAAUAUUAAAGAUCUUAAUUGUC